GGCCGUGGUAGAUACUAGAUAUCAAUCGCACAAUACUAACGCAUCAUUGUUCCAAAGUUGAAUUUAAUUCACAUAGUACUGACAAUUUUUCAAUUCAUUCCCAUAAACUGUUGUUGAACCGCGAAAAGCUUUAUUUAGCAAUAAUUUACUCAGUUCCAUUGACGUUCAAGUCGCAGAGAUGGAGGAGAAAAGGAAAUUAGCCAUACUGAUUAUAAAUCAUUUGAAGAAAGAAUUAAACACAGCAAGAUUUUCUAGCGAUGCCGAAGAAAGUUUAGAAGUAGCUGUUCAAUGCAUAGAAUCGGCAUACAGUAUAAGCCCGACUGAGUCAAAUGGUGUUUCCAUGGAAUUAGAAACUAUAAUGAAAGAAUAUAUUCAUGGAGAUGAUAAUAUUGAAUAUGUUUUCGUUAAGUCAAAGAGUUCAAAAGCUCCCGAAGCAGCACCUGAAAGUAACGACCAAGUUGCCGAACAUAACAAAAACUGUGGAAAUGAGUUCAUGAAAAAUCAGGAAUAUGAAAAAGCCAUUGAUGCAUAUUCAAUCUCAGUAACAUUAAAUCCUACCAAUCCCAUUUAUUAUUGCAACAGAGCUGCUGCUUAUAAUGCAAUAGGAAAAUACAAAGAUGCCAUUGAAGAUUGUCAGAAAGCAAUUGAACUCGAACCUCAUUACAGCAAAGCCUAUUGUCGCUUGGGACUUGCGUUUUCACAAACAAACGAUUUUCAAAAGGCUGCAUCGUGUUAUAAGAAAGCACUAGAAUUGGAUCCGGAAAAUGUCGGUUAUCAAAGAAACUAUCAGUUGACACUAAAUAACAUGCAGUCGAACUCGGGAAAUCAACAACCAAAUGCAGCUGAUUUCAACAUACAAGCCCCAGAUUUGAUUGAAACUGCUACCCGUUUAAUGAGCGAUCCUGAGGUUUCUUCAGUUUUGACCAAUAUUAUUGGAGAUGUAACACAAUCUGGUGGUGCUGGAUUAGAUAGAUUAAUGCAAGUAGGGCAAACUAUAGUAACACGCUUGCAAACAUCCAACCCAAAUCUGUUGGACGGACUUCGUAUGCAAUUCCAAAAUGCUCAAAACGAAGGACAGCCGCCGCCUCAAAACAGAUUUCCUAACGAUAAUAAUCAGUCUUAAGCAUUAUAACCCCUUAAGUCCGUCGGUUUAUUACUUUAUUUUCUCUUAAACUAACUAUAAAACUUUUUAUUAAUCAUUAUUAUUAAUAAUUGGUGUUGUAUAAGUGUGUAGACAUUUUUUAUUGUGAGAGUAUCAUGAUGUAAGACAAUUCAUUUUGGCCAUGGAUAUCUUAGGAUAAUAUAUUAUACAAAUUAUUAGAAUAUUAUAAAAGAGUGUUUAAGGUCGUUACAUAAAGAACGUCCAUAUUAUUGUAAUAUAUAAUUCAUUUUAAAAAAUUAAAAAAAAGAUUAUUAAUAUUAAUCCCAACCAAAUAUUAUAAUUUUUUUUUUUUUAUUUAUAAAAAAAUGAUAGUAUAAAAAUUAAAAUGUGUUAAACGUUUUUUUUCUUUUACUUUAAGCAAUACCAAACUUGAAAAGAAUUCAAUUAUUGGAGAAAUUAAACUUUAAUAUAAAUGAUAGAAUUUGUGUAAAAUCAUCGAUGCGAACCUGAGAAAGUAUUGUUUCUACAAUAAUGUGCUUUCAUAUAUUAUUUUUAGUCUGGGCCCACGAUAUCUCUUAAACUGCUAAACCGAUUUAUUCAUGUAGCAACAAGUAAAUAUAGAGUGGGAUUAUAACAUAUACAAUUUUCUCGGAAAUUUAUCGUCAAAAUGGUUUCUUAUUAAAGAAAAACCGAAUAACAAUGAAAAAGUACGCUUGACUGAUGUAAAUUGCUACGUGUGAUUGUGAGUCAAUUUGUGAAAUAUUUAAAUUAUACUGUUGUUUACGAUACGUACCCAUAGCUGACAACAGCAACAAAUAAUCAUAGACAGACGAUCAAUCCACUAUCUUAUACUAAAAAUAAUAUUCUAAGCAUAUCAUUGCCAUUACGAUGCUUUUAUCGACAUUUGUAGGUAUUAAUACCAUCAACAGAUUCGCAUCGAAGCGUUUAUUUAAAAGUGAUUUUAUGACUUUCAGUUACAAGAAUUCCUGUAGAUACGUGACUUCCCCACUAAGCCUCGAUCCCUAUGUACUGGCUUUUGUAUUCUUAUUUUGAAGUUGACUAGAAAUUUGUUAUAAAAUGAUUGUGGUUUCAUUAGUAUUAAUAUUAGUAAUUGAAAUAUUUUUUGUGACUUAAUUUUGAAUCUAAUAUAUUUUAAUUUUUAAUUUA